AAAUAUUAUACUACCUGGAGGAAACGCGAGUUAACACUGCGCAUGCGCGGAAUUUACCAUUUGGGAACUAUUUUUUUUUAAAGGUCUCUUUUGUUAACUUCGUAUUUAUCACAUUAUAGUGUGUAGUCUAAUUUCUGAUUACAAAAGCUGCUAGCUGUUUGUUUAAAUAUAUAUAUAGAUAGAUAGAUAUUUAUUUAUUUUCCUCGAGGGAAAACAAACGCGUAGCCUGUGUUUAUUGAAAGAGCGCAUGCGCAGAAGACAUCCGCUUUACCUCGCUUGUCGGAAAAUGUAGUUUUACUAUCAGUACGCCUUGAGAGAAUAAAACAGGCGGACUCGUAAUCCCAGAAGCGUUGGGUUCUGCGUCGUUAAACCGUAUUAUUAUUCACAUUGGCCGGGAUAGAGAGAGAGAGAGAGAGAGAGAGAGACUCUGCUAUAAUGGGAUACGCAUGAUGGAAAAGUUCUCGGGCUGAGAAGUUGGAAAACGUGAGUGCAUAGACUCAAAAGUAAAACUUUUAAAGAGAACGUUGCAGAAGAGCGUCAAGAGCCUGAGAGAAAGAGAGAGAGAGAGAGAGAGAGAGAGAGAAAGAGAGAAAGAGAGAGCGGGUGCUGAGGAUAGGAGCUUUAUGUGGCACACUGGGGGAUAUGUACAUAGAUAAAAGUGGCCUAUGGUGGAAUUUUGCAUCUCAAGGAAGGAAACCCACCCUUUGGAGAAAGUGGUCCUGGAUGUUGUCGGACCUCGCGCGCUGCGUUUGAUAGUUUCCAGUGAAAAGACUCCAGUGAAAAGAUUUCUUUGUGAAAUCAAAGAACAAAGUGGAUGUAGGGAAAGAAAAGAAAAAGAAAAGAAAAACAAGUGGAAAGCAUUGAAAUGAGUUGUUAUCGGCUUUGAAAGCAGGAUUUGGGACAUGCUGGACUUUUCCUCCCGAGGUGCUAAGUGUUGAAAAAACAAGGCGAAAGAGUGCAAAUGUCCUCGUCCCCUACGUCCUUCCCGAGACCGUUUCCCGUCCCCGCGCAUCCCGCCGCCCCGCUCGCGCCCUCGCCCUCCGCGAGCCCCCCCGCCACGCUCUAUGGCCGCCUUUCUAACGGCAGCGCGAACGCCCCGAGCCCGACCCACUCCCGCGAGUCUUUCCACGGCGUGUCCUUCCUGCUGCAGAUCGGCCUCACCAGGGAAACGGUGACUCUGGACCCCGCCGAUGUGUCCCUGUCGGCGGUCAAAGAGCUCGUGUGCUCCAUCGUGGACCAGAAGUUUCCAGAAUGCGGAUUUUUCGGCAUGUACGACAAGAUCAUGCUCUUCCGCCAUGACCUGAACUCGGACAACAUCCUGCAGCGGCUCACCUCCGCCGACAACAUCCACGAGGGAGAUCUGAUCGAGGUGGUGCUCUCAGCUCUUGCCACCGUUGAGGACUUCCAGAUCCGUCCUCACGCUCUGUACGUGCAUUCGUACAAAGCCCCGGCGUUCUGCGAUGACUGCGGCGAGAUGCUCUGGGGUCUCGUGCGUCAGGGUCUCAAGUGUGAAGGAUGUGGGCUUAAUUACCACAAACGCUGCGCCUUUAAGAUCCCCAAUAACUGCAGCGGAGUGCGAAAGAGACGCCUGUCCAAUGUGUCCCUGCCUGGACCCUCUCUGUCCGUCCCUCGUCCUCCGGCCAUUGAGAGCGUGGUCAUGUUACCCGAGGAGCAGAGGCCACUGUUGGAGGCAGGAAAACGGAUCCCGUCGUGGAGUGGCCGGCCCAUCUGGAUGGAAAAGAUGGUGUUGGGCAGAGUCAAAGUGCCACACACCUUCAACGUGCACACGUACACACGACCUACCAUCUGCCAAUACUGCAAACGGCUGCUCAAGGGCCUGUUCCGCCAGGGCAUGCAGUGCAAGGAUUGCAAAUUCAACUGUCAUAAAAGAUGUGCAUCGAAAGUGCCGAGAGACUGCCUGGGCGAGGUCGUGUUUAACGGAGAGCCAGCCAGCCCAGGGAUAGACUCCGAGGUCACGAUGGAAGUGGACAGCAGUGAUGUGAACAGCGAGAGCAGUCGAGGCAUGGACGACACUGAGGAGGCGAUCACGCCGGAGGACAUGGACGCUCCCUUCAUGGAUGGAGAAAAGGACGAGGAAACGGUGAAAACUAUCAGUCCAUCCACCAGCAGUAACAUUCCUCUGAUGCGUGUGGUUCAGUCCAUCAAACACACCAAGAGACGCAGCUCCACCUUAGUGAAGGAGGGCUGGAUGGUGCACUACACCAGCCGAGACAACCUGAGAAAGAGACAUUAUUGGAGGCUGGACAGCAAAAGUCUGACCCUUUUCCAGAACGACUCUGCAGCCAAAUACUACAAGGAGAUCCCGCUGUCAGAGAUCCUGCAGGUGGAGCUGGCGCAAGACUUCAGUAGUCUGGCGCAGGGAGGAAAUCCGCACUGCUUCGAGAUCAUCACAGACAACAUGGUGUAUUACGUAGGGGAGAACACGGGCAUGCAGCACACCAGCGCCACGCUUGCAGCAUCUGGAGUCGGUCUGGAGGUGGCACACGCCUGGGAGAAGGUCAUCCGCCAGGCCCUGAUGCCGGUCACCCCUCAGCCCAGUGUGUGUAGCAGCCACGGCCAGGGAAAAGACCAUAAAGAGCUGUCCAUCAGCAUCUCAGUAUCCAACUCACAGAUUACAGAAAAUGUGGAUAUCAGCUCUGUCUACCAGAUCUUCGCUGACGAGGUCCUGGGAUCUGGACAGUUCGGGAUUGUGUAUGGAGGCAAGCACAGAAAAACAAAGCGAGACGUCGCCAUUAAGGUCAUAGACAAGAUGCGUUUCCCCACCAAGCAGGAGAGCCAGCUGCGGAACGAAGUAGCCAUUUUACAGAAUCUGCACCACCCAGGCAUUGUAAACCUUGAGUGCAUGUUUGAGACUCCUGAGCGAGUGUUUGUUGUCAUGGAGAAGCUCCAUGGAGAUAUGCUGGAGAUGAUCUUGUCCAGUGAAAAGAGUCGACUUCCUGAGCGGCUCACUAAAUUCCUAGUGACUCAGAUUUUGGUGGCUCUGAGACACCUCCAUUUUAAGAACAUUGUACAUUGUGAUUUGAAGCCUGAGAAUGUGCUUCUGGCAUCGGCCGAGCCGUUUCCACAGGUGAAGCUGUGUGACUUCGGCUUCGCCCGCAUCAUUGGAGAGAAGUCGUUUAGGCGCUCGGUAGUGGGCACACCUGCGUACCUGGCUCCUGAGGUGCUGCGUAGUAAAGGCUACAACCGCUCUCUGGACAUGUGGUCAGUAGGUGUCAUCGUCUAUGUGAGUCUGAGUGGCACCUUCCCCUUUAACGAGGACGAGGACAUUAAUGACCAGAUCCAGAACGCUGCCUUCAUGUACCCGCCCAACCCCUGGAAGGAAAUCUCUGGAGAAGCAAUUGACUUAAUCAACAACCUGCUUCAAGUGAAGAUGAGGAAACGCUUCAGUGUAGACAAGUCUCUCAGCCAUCCUUGGCUUCAGGACUAUCAGACGUGGUUGGAUCUACGAGAGUUUGAGACGCGGCGAGGUGAGCGCUACAUCACCCAUGAGAGCGACGACGCACGCUGGGAGGAAUACGCCGACGAAAGAAGCCUUCCCCAUCCUAAGCACUUCAUCAUGGCUCCCAACUUGGAAGACAUGGAGGAGGACCCUUAGAGACACUUGCUUCUGAACGUUAGAGGGGCUCUUAAAGACCUUUUCUAUUGGUGAUCUGCUCACUCAGCCAAGUAUCAAGACUGGCAUCAUUAAAUAGAGGGAGUGUCAAUGAUCUGCGUGAUGAAGCAUACUUAGCGUGGACAGGCAGUGAUUAGGAACAUAGCAUCUGUGAAGACUAACUCUGGAUCUGCACACAAGGACACGGCUCACGCUUUCGGGUUUUCAUAACAUUCCAAAGAUGUGACUUGACGUUUGCAUCCCACUCUCUCUUUUCACUCACUGCCUUUUCAGCAAUCCAGCAUUUUGGAAUGAACUGUAACAACCAAUUGCACUGCCAUUCCAGCCACCUUAGGCACUAUGAAGAUAGAGGGUGGGGAAUGAAAACAUACCUGGCGGACGUGGGAACUCUGUAUCCUCCGAAGCGAUAUUUUUCUACUUUCAACGAAUCACCCAGUUUGGAGCACAGUAUUUUAAUAAGUUCGGUCUUUUUUUUGCAGAUGAAGUGAUUCUAAACUGGAACACAAAGCUUGUUUAUGCAGUUGGACUAUUUGGUGGAAUGAAGGGAAUGUGAAUAGUGAAGGCAUUGCAAAUGUUAACGUCCAGAGAUCUAUGACGUGUCUGAGAUGGUGAUGAAGAUAUGACGUCAUGAGUAUCUCUGUUUUACAUCCCAAGUGUUUAAACCGAAACACAUGGAUUCUGCGAUUUUUCUUGAUUCAAAUGUGAACGCUUUUGUGGCUUAAGUUAGCUGAUGUCUCCUGAAAUACACUGUGUGUCAAGAGCUAGUCAAGUUCUAAAAUGUCAGUCUGUGGCUGGCAUUUCAGAAAUAAAAGCUAUGAAGGAAUAAGCAAAUGAAGAUGAUAAUCCUGAGAGUCGGCCACUUUAAACACUAUUGGUUUGGAAAUUAUAUCAGAUGGCGUGUGAACUGAAAAGUCGUAAAUACUGAGAACUCAUGGGACACAAAUUUCGGCUAUUUUUAUUCGUUGUUUUUAAGACUUUCAUCCUUCUUUCGUUUUCAUUAUGUCAUUUCUAAAAUGGCACUAACUCUCACAGACAGAACUUUCGCCUAACACUGUUCCUCACAUCAGCCUCACUAUGAACUGAGAUGCUUUGAAAUGCUAGUGAUUUUUUUUUUUUUUUUUUUUUUUUUUUUAACAGUUCACUCAAGAAUUUGAAAUUGACACAUUUACACAUUUUAAAAUAGUUAUCUAUGACAGAAAGACACACCAGCUCUCCUGGUAAGCUGUGUUUGGACACUUUUCUUUCUUUCUUUCUAACUCAAGCAUGUGAACGGAGGUUAAGCAGGACUUUCCCCCAGCUUCUGCAUUCAAUUUUCCCAGUUCCCUGAAAUCAGACGGAAAACUGCGGCUCCGAUGACGCUCUAUGCAUAUUUGGCAAUUUAAAGUCAUCAUAAACUUAAUAAAAUCAUUUAUUAUUAAUUCCUAUCAGAGGAAUUCAUAUGAGCCUGCGGAAUUAAUAAAAACUACUAAGUCCUGAAUACGUGUAAGGAGUGUUAUUGCAUCAUAAAAUGUGAGAGCCAAUCAGGUUUCAGUAUGCAAAUACAAGCAAUGUAGCACUGGUACAUGAUUCAUAUUCAUAGAAUCUGAGGACUUAGAACUACCACUUCUGCACCUAUUUCUGGUAUCAAAUAACUUGUUUUUGUGGAAUACAUCAAGCAGUUAUUAUUAUUAUUCAAUAUACAAAAAAGUUAUGUUCAUAACCAGGUUUUGGGUUUCUUUAACAAUUUGUAUUUUUUAGCCAAGACUGGUGUUUGGAGUAUUGCAACGCAAGUUAAUGUUAAUCAUGAGGAAUAGCCUGAUGUGUAAUGGGGCUUUAACCUGCAUUUAGGAAUGUUUAAAGUAGCAGCGUGGCCACAGAUUAAUAAAAAAUGUAAAUAAAAUGUGCACACUUCUACCCCAAAUAUAGUCAAUAAUCAGCUAGCACACAUUUGGUGUUUGACUUAAAACACACUGUUAGGCUCAGUGCUAGAAUUUUAUUUUAUUUUUAUUUAUUUUUUUACAUGAAAUUGACUACAAACUAUCAGAAUUGGGAACUACAAUUGGAACUACAGUAUAAUAUCAUCUGAUUUGAUAUUGAACAUAAUAUCAUCUGACUGAGCAUCCACUUCUACCUUCAAACUGAUAAAGAAGCAAAGAUCAAAUCCAAACCAUGCAGCUAGGGGGAAAUUAUGUAGGUCAAUUUAAUCGUUCUUAAGCCAUUUGAUUGGAUUUUUCCUGCAAUGAUUGGAUUUCAUCAGCAAAUCCGUGAAUGCUUUGAAUUAUGGGAAUUGUAGAAGAUAUGCACAACUGUUUUAGAAACAAAAACAAGACUGCUGUGGUUGUCUUUCUGUACUGAUAACUGUUUCAUUCAGAGUGUCCUCCUGUGUAGCCAAUUCACUAUUGUUUUGUGCUGUUGUUACAUAUUUCUGUUGUUUGGGAUUGAAAUGGGAUCCAUUGCUGAUAAAGCAAAAUUCAGAUGGGAUCAGGGUAGGAAUAUAAACUAUGCCUUGGGAAAUUCACUGGAGGAAAAUGAGAAGGUUUUGGAGAAUCCUAUAUUUUCGUAUGUCAAGCCUAUGUGAUAUGCUGGAGAGACAUGAAGUGUGGACUUAAUGAAGGCCGCCAUAUUUUUACAGCAUGUAACAUUAAUGACACAAUCCUGAGAAUCUUUGUUAGUCCAUGUUGCCACUGGACUGGCAGCAAUCAUCGUUUUUGUAUAUUUUUAAUAUUCACAUAUCUAAUAAAUUCUUUCUUCUGUACAACUUUGUCAUGCCCAAGUGUGAACUGUUACUACUAAAAGAAACAGAUAGUAGUACAUGGUAGCUCAUGUAGAAGUAGCUCCUUACACUAUAAAUAUGGAAGGAAAAACAUUGCAUCACACACUGCUAGAAAAUAUCGUAUU